CAGAUCCUGAGCAUGACCUGCGACAACGCCAGCAACAACGACACCAUGACGGCAGAGCUCGCCGAUCUGCUUACCGAGUUCCAGGGCGAGUACUCGCGCACCCGGUGCUUCCUCCAUAUCACAAACCUCACCGCCAUGAGUCUUCUGCGCGAGUUUGAU